GGAGGCGGAGCGCGAGCCGUAGAGGACUUCCGGACGCUGACGUCGGAGCGGAGAGAGGAAAGGGAGACGCGCGGCAAACAGUGACCAUGACGAAAUUAGGACAGUGGCUUUGGGGACUGGCGCUCCUGGGCUCCACCUGGGCGGCCUUGACCAUGGGAGCCCUGGGCCUGGAGCUGCCCUCGUCAUGCCAGGAGGUCCUGUGGCCACUGCCCGCCUACUUGCUGGUGUCCGCUGGCUGCUACGCCCUGGGCACUGUGGGCUAUCGCGUGGCCACUUUUCACGACUGCGAGGACGCCGCCCGCGAGCUGCAGGGCCAGAUCCAGGAGGCCCGAGCUGACUUGGCCCGCAGGGGGAUGCGCUUCUGACACCCUAACCCCAUUCUCGCCAGACAGUCCGCUCUCCCAUCCCCCAUUAAAAAGCAAGUUUAUUUUCUAA